UCUUUCCUGUGAGCUGCUUUUGUCAGGGUAUUUUAUCCCAGCAACAGAAAAAAUAACAACAGGCUGUGCUAGCAAAAAUGAAAAUAACUAAGCAAAGCCUUAGGCUGUCAGGUCUGGGCGGGCUCCUUCAGUACUGGGAAGGAGCAGGAAGCUAGAGUUGGGGAACUGUGUCUCUAGAUAAGGGCAUGACCUUUGUCUCAUAAUUGCUAAGGAGACUGUAAGUGUGUGUAUGUGGGGGAUGGUGGGAGGGACCAGGGGACCAGUGUAAAAAUAACUAGUCAUAGAGCUGAGCAGCCUGAGGACUGGUAGAUUUCUAGGAGAUUUUAUACAGAAGUGAGAAGAGCUCAUUACUAUGUGGCAUCAAAUGUGUCACUGCUGUCACCUCCUCUAGGUGCCAGAUGAAAGACUUUGCGCCCAGCCUGGUCUAAAGAGUGAGUUCCAGGACAGCCAAGGCCACACAGUGAAAUUCUGUUUCAAAAAACUCAGAAAAACAACAACAACAAACAACAAAACACAAGUAAACAAAACUAAAAACAGACCUACACUGCUGGCUGGGGGUGUGGCUCAGUGGUUGGCUCCUGCUUGGUGUACAGAAGACCUUGAGCUCAUUCCUAGCAGUACACAUAGCCAAAACUCAUUACAUUACAGAUAUUUGUCAAUUGUUCCAUGUAACUUGUAGCCAAGAGGAAAAUAUUUCAUAUAUUUUAUAGUAGCCAUUUCAACAACUACUAUAGUCGGAAGAACAGGGAAUGGGGUGAAGAACGAGGUUCCAGAGACUAACAGACAGGUUGAAGACUGAAGCCCUUUCCCUACCUGGGCUUCACUCGACCAAGGGAGCAUGCUCAAGAAGACCCAGCUUUGUAAGAACAUGGGGUGGCAUGCACUGUGUAAAUAUCAUAUAAAAUGGCAUGCAGAGCCAUUUCCGUCCUCUUUUAGAACCAGGUCAUAGUCCAGGCAUGAUCCUGAGCUCAUCAAUAACUCUCCUUUAAUAGAUGUCUCCACCCUGCGACUAUCCACCUGCUCUGUACAACCCAUUGUAAAAAGUUGUAAGAACCCGUGAACCCCAGCGUCUACUUCCCAGACUCAACUCUGUGCCUGAAGCAGGGGCAUCUAGAGUUCACAUGCAGCAUUAAGCCUGGAAAGUGAACACAGUAAAAAUAAUGUUUUUAAGGAGCCGGAGAGAUGGCUUUGCAGUUGGGUCUACCCUUGCAAAGGAAUCCAUUUUGGCUCAGGGCCUGGAGGCCAGCCUAUUCACAACCACCCAUAACUGCAGCUCCUGGGCAUCCAACACCUUUCCUACAAUAUAUGCACCCACACACAUAGUUGAAAAUAAUAUCUUUGGUUGGUGGAGAGAUGGUUCAGUGAUUAAGAGCACUGGCUGCUCUUCCCGGAAGUCCUGCAUUGAAUUCCCAGCAACUAUAUAGCAACUCACAACUGUAAUGGGACCCGAUGCCCUCUCCUGGUGUGUCUGAAGGCAGCAACAGUGUACUCAUAUAAAUAAAAGAGGAAAUAAAUGAAAAAAAUAAAGUCUUCAAGAAUAAUUUUUAACUGAAUGAUAUUGUCAGAUUGUCAAUAUAAGGGUACACAAUUUUGUAUAUGUUUUUUCUUUAACACACAUGGUGAGCAUCUACCAUAUUCUACAUUGUCUCCAUAAUUCACACUUGGAAUUGGGCACGAUGACACAUGCCCGUAAGCAUCCAAGAGGCGGAGAUGCUGGGUUGGAUUGUUCCCAGUUCUCGGACUCCUAUGAUGGAAUUGGAGUUGGAGUUGGAAUUGGAAAGAGAGGCUCAUAGAUUUUUUGCAAAAAAACAAAGCAACCUUCACUGGAAGGAAACAAUGGUACAAACUCACCUUCAAGAUCGAUAGCCAACAGUGGUAGAAUGGGCUACAUGCAAGAUGCUAAAAUAAGUACUCAAUCAGGAUAAAGGACACUUGCAAGAUUUCAUGGAUGGAUUCAGGACCCUGUGACUCACUGCCAGGCCUUGAGGCCCAGCUCACUGCUUGACACACAGUGAAUGUCAGAGGUCGAUAUACAAGAUUAUUUGUCUCCAACCUACCCUGAAAGACCUGGGCAACAAACUGAAGACAUCAGGCUUGGGGCAAGCCUCUUUACACACUGAGCCAUCUUUCUGGCCUGAGACACAGUUCUUUACAUAUAAUAACAAAAACACUACAAACACCAGCCCUCUGCUUUCCUUUCUCAUUUAGAAAAUGGCAGCCCAGGGAGAAGCCUUUGAGGAGAGAAUUUGUGAGUUUGAUGAUGACUUGGUCUCUGAGUUCUCUACUCUUCUCCGAGUGGAUGCACUUCAAGUCUUAAAGAGACAACAAGAAGAAGACCAUAAAACACGAAUGAAAAUGAAGAAAGGUUUUAAUGCACAGAUGCGCAGUGAAGCCAAACGGCUGAAGACUUUUGUGACCUAUGACACAUUCAGAUCAUGGACCCCACAGGAGAUGGCAGCUGCUGGGUUUUACUACACGGGUGUGAGACAUGGGGUUCAGUGCUUCUGCUGUAGCUUAAUCCUUUUUGCCACCAGACUCAGGAAAGUUCCCAUAGAAGUUCACCGGAAAUUACAACCAGAAUGUGAGUUCCUCUCGGGCAAAGAUGUUGGAAACAUUGGCAAGUACGACAUACGGGUGAAGAGUCCAGAGACGCUGCCGAGAGGUGGCAGAGCAAGGUACCAUGAGGAGGAGGCCAGACUGGAGUCCUUUGAGGACUGGCCGUUUUAUGCCCAUGGGACAUCACCUCGUGUACUCUCAGCUGCUGGCUUUGUCUUCACAGGUAAAAGGGACACUGUGCAGUGUUUCUCCUGUGGCGGAUGCUUGGGAAACUGGGAAGAAGGAGAUGAUCCCUGGAAGGAGCAUGCCAAGUGGUUCCCCAAAUGUGAAUUUCUUCAAAGCAAGAAGUCCGCAGAGGAAAUUGCCAAGUACAUACAAACCUACGAGGGAUUUCUUCAUGUAACGGGAGAACAUUUUGUGAAUUCCUGGGUCAGAAGAGAAUUACCUGUAGUAUCAGCUUACAGCAAUGACAGUGUCUUUGCUAAUGAAGGACUAAGAAUGGACACGUUUAAGGACUGGCCCCACGAAUCACCUAUGGCUGUUGAAGCUCUGGUCAAAGCAGGUCUUUUCUACACAGGCAAAAAGGACAUCGUCCAGUGUUUCUCCUGUGGAGGAUGCAUGGAGAAUUGGAAGGAAGGUGAUGACCCAAUAGAAGAUCACACCAAGUUUUUUCCCAACUGUGUAUUUCUUCAAACCCUGAAGUCCUCUGCAGAAGUGAUUCCAGCCCUUCAGAGCCACUGUGCACGUCCAGAAGCCAUGGAAACCACAAGUGAAAGCAACCAUGAGGAUGGAGUGGCAGUUCAUUCUUCUGUAGCGGACUUGGGUCAGAGUGAAGCCCAGUGGUGUCAAGAGGCCAGGAGUCUGAGUGAGCAGCUGAGAGGCACCUACACCAAAGCCAGUUUCCGACACAUGAACCUGCCCGAGGCGUAUUCCAGCCUCGGCACUGACCACUUGCUCGGCUGCGAGGUGUUCCUCAUUUCAAAGCACGUCAGCCGGCCAGUGCAAGUGGCCCUGACAAUCCCCGAGGUCUUCGCCAAUCUUAGCUCUGUCAUGUGUGUGGAGGGGGAAGCUGGCAGUGGGAAGACCACCUUCCUGAAGAGGAUAGCUUUCCUCUGGGCAUCAGGAUGCUGUCCCCUGUUGAACAGGUUCCAGCUGGUCUUCUACCUCUCCCUUCGUUCCAUCAGAGCAGACCAGGGACUGGCCGACAUCAUCUGUGCCCAGCUCCUAGAGGCAGGAGGAUGCAUCAGUGAAGUGAGCCUGAGCAGCGGCAUCCAGCACUUACAACACCAGGUCCUGUUUCUGUUGGAUGACUACAGUGGGAUGGACUCCCUCCCCCAAGCCCUAGACACACUGAUUACCAAAAACUACUUGUCACGGACCUGCUUACUGAUGGCCGUCCAUACCAACAGGGUCAGGGACAUCCGCCCAUAUCUAGAGACAGUUCUACAGAUCAAAGAGUUUCCCUUUUAUAAUACUGUCUAUAUAUUAAAGAAGAUCUUCUCACAUGACAUAAUUCGUGUGCGAAGAUUUAUAAAUUACUUUGGAUUUCAUGAAUAUUUACAGGGAAUUCACAAAACCCCCCUCUUUGUGGCAGGAGUAUGCGCUGACUGGCUUCAAAAUCCAUCUGACCAGCCCUUUCAGGAUGUGACCAUUUUCAAGUCCUACAUGCAAUACCUGUUCUUAAAGCACAAAGCUACAGCCGGGCCUCUCCAGGCCACCGUGUCCUCCUGUGGGCAUCUGGCCUUGACAGGGCUUUUCUCAUCGAGCUUUGAGUUCAGUAGUGAUGACCUCAUAGAGGCAGGAGUUGAUGAAGACGAAGAGCUCAGCACCUGCUUGAUGAGCAAAUUCACCGCCCAGAGGCUGAGACCAGUCUACCGGUUUUUAAGUCCUCUGUUCCAAGAGUUUCUUGCUGCCAUGAGGCUCUCAGAACUCCUGGGGUCAGAUAGUCAAGAAGACCAAGAUCUGGGACUGUAUUAUUUGAGACAAAUUAACUCACCUCUGAAGGCCAUGAGCAUCUACCACACUUUUUUGAGGUAUGUCUCCAACCACCCUUCAUCAAAGGCAGGGCCAAAAGUUAUAUCUCAUUUGCUUCAGUUGGUGGAUGAGAAAGAGUCCCCGGAGAACACGUCUGAAAAUGAGGAUUACAUGAAGCUCCAUCCAGAAACUUUGCUGUGGAGUCAGUGUCUUAGAGGGCUGUUGCAGCUGUCUCCUGAAUCUUUCUCUUUGUUCAUUUCAGAACGUUUACUGAACAUUGCCCUAAACUUUGCUUAUCAAAGCAACACAGUUGCUGCAUGCUCUCCAGUUAUUUUGCAGUUCCUUCAAGGGAGGACACUGGAUUUGAAAGUACUGAAUUUACAGUACUUUUGGGACCACCCAGAAACCCUGUUACUAUUGAAGAGUAUUCAGGUCUUAUUUAAUGGGAAUAACAGGGUACAGAGAAUUGAUUUUUCUCUCAUGGACAAAUCUUUUGAAAAAAUACAGCCACCAACUAUAGAUCAGGACUAUGCCUUUGCCUUUCAACCUAUGAGUGAAUGCCAGAGAAAUUUAGCUGAAAAGGAAAACAUAAUAAAGAACUAUGAUGAUAUGAAAUAUCAGGAUCCACUAAAUAUUAGUAGUGGCUAUUGGAAACUGUCCCCCAAGCCUUACAAGAUCCCUAGGCUGGAAGUUGGAGUGAACAACAUGGGUCCGGCAGACCAGGCUCUGCUCCAUGUCCUAAUGGAAGUCUUCUCAGCCUCACAGAGUAUUGAGUUCCAUUUAUUCAACAGCAGUGGCUUUCUUGAAAGCAUCCGCCCAGCUCUGGAGCUGAAUAAGACCUCUGUCACCAAGUGUUCCAUGUCCAGGCUGGAGCUCAGCAGAGCAGAACAGGAGCUGCUUCUCACCCUGCCUGCCCUGCAGUCUCUUGAGGUCUCAGGAACAAGCCAGAUUCCAGAUCAGCUCUUCCAUAACUUGGACAAGUUCCUGGGCCUGAAAGAACUGUCUGUGAGACUAGAUGGCACACAGGACAUGCUCUCAGUCCUUCCGGGAGAGUUCCCAAACCUCCAUCACAUGGAGAAGUUAUCCAUCCACACCUCCACGGAGUCUGACCUCUCCAAACUAGUUAAAUUGAUUCAGAACUCUCCAAAUCUGCAUGAUUUCCACCUGAAAUGUGAUUUCCUUUCGAAUUGUGAGUCUCUCAUGGCUGCGCUUGCUUCCUGCAAGAAACUCAGAGAGAUUGAGUUUUCUGGGCGAUGCUUUGAAGCCGUGCCCUUUGUCAACAUUUUGUCAAAUUUUGCUUCUUUGAAGAUAUUGAAUCUUAGAAACCAACAAUUCCCAGAUAAGGAAACAUCAGAAAAGUUUGCCCAGGCUCUGGGUUCUCUCAGGAACCUGGAGGAACUGCACCUUCCCACUGGGGAUGGGAUCCACCAAGUGGCCAAACCGAUUGUCCGGCGGUGUCUGCAGCUUCCCUGUCUCCGAGUUCUCGUCUUUGCAGAGACAUUGGAUGAUGACAGUGUGCUGGAAAUUGCCAAGGGAGCAACCAGUGGAGGCUUCCAAAAUCUGGAGAACUUAGACCUCACACUGAAUCACAAGAUUACUGAGGAAGGCUACAGGAAUUUCUUUCAAGCCCUGGACAACCUGCCAAACCUGCAAAAUCUGGACAUCUCCAGGCAUAUCCCAGAAUGCAUCCAAGUUCAGGCCAGCACCGUCAAGGCUCUGGGUCAGUGUGUGUCCCGACUGCCCAGCCUCACCAGGCUGGGGAUGCUCAGUUGGCUGCUGGAUGAAGAGGACAUGAAAGUGAUUAAUGACGUGAAGGAAAGACACCCUCAGUCCAAACGCCUGACUGUGCACUGGAGGUGGGUGGUGCCGUUCUCUCCUGUCAUUCAGAAGUGAAGGAUGCAGGGGCAGCCUACUGGCAGGUCUAAAACCCUGUUUUCAAAUACAUUUCACUCUAGACAGGCAUGGCGUAAUCCUAGUACUUAGACUGAGCAGGAGGGUCAAGAGUUUGGGUCCAGCCUGGGCUAUGUGACAAUACUUUAGACCCCAAUCAAAACCAAAUCGUUUACUAUUCAUAUACAAAAUAUUCUUGAACUGUAUCAGGCUGGUAACUAUUUGAGGCCUGCACGCCUACACCAAGCUAUGAUGCCUUGGCAGUCCUCGUAUGGUCCCUCUUGUACAAAGACUAGAGCUUCAGGCAAGUUCACACAGAGAACCCUCCAUUAUCCAGAUCAAUAGAAGGGGGCUGUGGAAAGAAACAUUGAUCUAUGUCAAGACUACAUUGUGGAAGGAAUGAUCCACAUAAGUAAGAAACGGCCAGUUUAAGGAUUGAAUCAGUUCCACAUCUGAUGAGACGGGAGUUGACUUCACCACAGGAUGCAGCGAACUCUCUCCGGGAGGUGAUCUUUGGUUUUUGUAAGACUUCUGUGUGUUCACCAGUCUUGGUGUGGCCAUGUUUGUUUACACCGUCUCUUACCUAUUUGAAAACAUGGGCUUAGAGAAAACUGCCUUUGUUCCAGGGGCUUUGGGGAGUUAUUUUUGUUAGGAUAGCUUUAUAAUUUUGUUGGAAACCCAGUCUGUUCAGGGUAUAUGAUUUAAUCUUGUAAGGAUUUCUGGGUAUAUUAACUUGGGUGUGAGAAUUGUCAUUUCAUAACUGUCACCUCUCUAGAAGCAGGGGGACCUGGGAGAAUGGAGCCAAUAAAUGCAGUGGACGAAA